GUGCUGGGGAAGGAUUUUCCAGCCGCUCCCCCAAAGGGAUUUUUCAUCACCAAAAUUUUCCACCCCAACGUCGGCCCCAGCGGAGAAAUUUGUGUGAACGUCCUGAAAAGGGACUGGAGAGCGGAGCUGGGGCUGCGCCACGUGCUGCUGACCAUCAAAUGCCUGCUGAUCCAGCCCAACCCGGAGUCGGCUCUGAACGAGGAGGCGGCGCGGCUGCUGCUGGAGGAUUUCGAGCGAUUCGCGGUUCGUGCCAAACUCCUGACCGAGAUCCACGCCCGGGGGACCCCUCCCCAAAUUCCCCAAAUCCCCCAAAUCCACCCCUCCCCCGCCGCCGGACCCCUCCCCAAAUCGGAGCCGCCCCCGGGACCCUCCGGGACCCCUCCCCCGCCCCCCCCCGAGGGUCCCGUCCCCAAAAAACACGCGGGGGACAGGAAGGGACCCCCCAAGAAAAAGGGGACGGAGAAGAAACGGGCGCUGCGGCGCCUCUGAGACCCCAGACCCAAUUCAGGGGGGGCUCUGAGACCCCAGACCCAAAUUGGGGGUGAUUGGAGACCCCUGACCCAAAUUGGGAGGGGUUAAAACUCCCCCACACUCAAUUUGGGGGGGUCUCAAAGC